AUGAAGGAGGAUGGAAGAAGGAAUGGAAAUGUGGAAAAUAAGAGGAAUUGGAAUAACACAAAUAGGGGUAACCAUAUAGGAAGUAAUGGGUAUGGCAUCAAUCAAAAUAAUGGACACAAUAGAGGUAAUAAUGGCAAUUAUGGAAGUGGAAAUGGUGGAGGUAGGAACAAUAAUAAUGGUAAUAAUAAUGGCAAUAAUAGUAGCGGUGGAAUAAUGGGAACAAUGGGCAAGCCAAUAGGUAUUUUUGCCAAAGUCACAAAAUAUGGUGGGACAAAAAAUAACGUAGCCAAGGGCAAGAAUGCAGGUGCCAAAAAAGGGACAGAGCUAGAAAAUACUAAACAAAUUGAAAUGCCAAAGCUCGUCAAGCCUGUAGAGAAGAAAAAACAUGGGGUUCCCAGUUUGAUGGACGAUGCAAUUGUAAUUAAGGAUAAGACCGUAUGGCUUUCUGAGUGUAAGUCUUUACUUAGUGAAGACCAAGCCAUUGCCAAGACGUAUACUCUUGAUAUGAAUGACAUAGGUGAUCAGUUUGAGAGCUUCAAUGUGAUUGAGAACACAGUCAGGGAUGCAGUAUUCAAUACUACAACUUACAAAGGUGAGGAGUCAGAUAGUGAUUCGAUGAGCGAGUCCGAAGAGAGUCUGGAUGACUCUGAAAUGAAAGUUGGUAAGAAAAGAAAAGACGUGAGAACCAAGCCUUCCUCCUCGAAGAGAAAGAAUAAAUCUAAAGAUAAAAUCCUCCAAAUUAGCUCCUCCUUGGAGGAAGAGGUCUCUGAGGAUUCUGAGAAGGAACCCCUGUCUCCCCAGAAAAAGAAAAAGAAAAAUUCUAUUCAGACAAGGAACAAACAGAAGAAACAUGAUGCCAACAUUACAGAGCUUAAGGAACAGGUGCAGAGAAAGAACUUGGACUUCGACAAGAAUGUGGAGGAGGAGACCAUUGGGGAAGGUUCUGAACAGGGAAUUGUAAAAGUUGGUAAAGUUACUAUUGGAGACACCUCCAAUAUGGAAACAGACAACGCUGGUGAGAAAUCACCCUCCUCAUGUCCUCCUCCUGAGGGUUUGAAAGGAUUUGUGGACACCAUUGAUUGGCUAAUUUCUAGUUACAAGAAAGUUGUGGAGGAUAUUAAGAAGCUCAAUCAUAGAGUCCAAAUUAUUGAGACUAUUAGUUUUGGCGGGGCAAGUCAAUGGUAG